AUGUUAGAAGAUAAUAACCUAGGACAUCCUAGAAUCAAUGUUAGAAGAGAACAAUUUAAAAAAAAUAUAGGACAUUUUCGGUUGAAAAUUCUGGGAGGAAAGCGUGUUUCUUUUCAAUGUAAACUGUAUAUUUAUCAACGCAAGGGGCAUGCUAACUAUCACACUGGUACUAGUUAUUUCUCUAUACAGUGUCAUGAAGGAGACAUAAAGCCACAUUACAUUAUAAAAGGAAGUGUCUAUAAAGGAAAUAUCAAGUAUAAUCUAGAUACUGUAGAGAAGCAGGUCGAGGACCUGACAGAUAGUUUAAGAAGGGAGACAACUCUAUAUAAGCUAGUACGAGAUACCGAACAGUAUACUGAUCAUCAGUCAGAUUAUCAGAGGCUACAUGCCAGGACGACGAGAUAUCUGAUACAGAAGGUGAAGAGACGAAGAAAACGAUCCAGUUUAAAAGAAAUAUUUCUAGAUGUACUAGUGGUUACUGAUUAUGCUAUUUAUAAAGAAUGGAUGGUGAGAGAGAAUGAUAUUAAUAAUAAAACUAAAGACAAUAUCAGAAGAUAUUUCUCUCAUAUUAUCAACGGGGUCAGUGCCCGGUAUAAAUCUAUGGCGUCCACAAUAAAAAUCAACAUCAGAUUGGUUGGUAUUAUUAUAGCUGAUAGUUCAGAGACAGCCCCGUGGACAGAACGACAUAAAGAGAAGGUAGAAUCUAGAUAUGAAGUAGACGCUGAUAUCGUACUAGAAGCUUUAAAACAUUGGGUUAUUAACUCUACUGAUAUACCACCACAUGAUCACGUCAUGUUGUUUACUGGGUAUGAUCUAUUUGGUAAUGAUAAUGGUUUUAGAUUUAACUAUACCACUGGUUUAGCCUAUAUUGGUACGAUGUGUCAAGGUGAUGGACGGAGUGUGUCUAUAGUAGAAGAUCAUGGAGGUUUUCAGAGUGUUGGAACUGCUACACAUGAGAUAGGUCACAGUCUAGGAGCGGACCACGAUGGUACCAACAACACGUGCUCGUCAAAAAAUAGAUACAUCAUGGCGGGCCAAUCAUUUAAUGAAACGUCUAAUAAUGCCUUCAAUCCCUGGACUUUUUCCAGAUGUUCUAUCAAAUAUUUUACAGAUUACAUCAACUCAAUCGGUGAUUCUAUAAAACAGCGACAAUGUUUGCUGAAUAAAAUAGAGGUAGAUGUAACAUUACCGGAUGUGAUUGAUGAUCAACCAGGCCAGGAGUUCACGCCUGAUCAACAAUGUACCAAUAUAUAUGGUAAUACAUCUUAUUUAUGUAGGGGUACAUCAUUUGGGCUUGGUGAAUCUAUCUGUAAGGCGAUGUUCUGUAGAAAUCCCCACACUACUAGAAAAUGUGUUCUUCACAGUGCGGCUGAGGGUACGUCGUGUGGGGAUCGCAAGUGGUGUCAUCAAGGUCAUUGUGUUUACUCAAAAUUAGCACCGUCCAGACAAGCUGGGUGUAUAUUUGGGGAUCAAGCUGGAGUGAUAUUUGAAGGUAAAACAUGUGAUAUGUUACUGAAGGAAUCCCCGGGGUACUGUUAUAUACAAUCAUUCUGGGAUAGAUGCUGUCAAUCCUGUUAUUCACUACAAACUGGUGUUAAAGGUUGUGAGUUCGGUGAUAAAGUCCUACACUGUAAGAAAGCUAACUGUGGACAGAAUGUAAGUAACGGCACGCUGUAUGAUAUAGAUUGCUGUGGGACGUGUAGCUACAAAGAACACCAAGCGACUACUGUAUCCUCGAUAGAAACCACAGCGGCUACAGUUUCAACCAACAAAGCCUGUGAGGAUACCACCUUCUAUAACAGAACCUGCUCAAACUAUCUGCAGUUGAAUGGUAAACUGGAAUGCUACAAGAGACAAGUCUAUGAGAAAUGUUGUCAGUCAUGUUCUAAGAUGCGAGCUCGUAACGAUGGUAUGUAGUAAAGGGGGGCCCUCACGCCAUAGUCAUUACCAGUUGUGUAUGGUAGC